AUGCUAAGAAAUCCUUCAACGAGGAUUUUGAGGAGGGCUAUUUCGUCUCAAAGACCUAUUUUCAAUGUUUUACCUGCUCUCCGCUCAAGAAAUUUAGCUACUGUAGUGGAACCUAUACAAAAGGACCCUGCCGAGUUAGAUCAAAUCACCACCCUUCCCAAUGGAGUGCGAGUCGCAACUGAAGCUUUGCCCGGUCACUUUUCCGGCAUUGGAGUAUACAUCGAUGCAGGGUCCAGAUACGAAAAUGAAGAUCUCAGAGGGGUUAGUCACAUAAUGGAUAGAUUGGCAUUCAAGUCUACGUCAAAGAGAUCAAGCGAUGAGAUGUUAGAAUCAAUAGAGUCACUGGGCGGAAAUAUACAAUGCGCCUCAUCAAGAGAAUCUUUGAUGUAUCAAUCUGCCACAUUCAACUCUGCGGUCCCCACUACUGUCGCCCUUCUCGCCGAGACAAUUCGGAAUCCUUUAAUCACUGAGGAGGAGGUAUCACAGCAAUUGGUGACUGCUGAAUAUGAGAUUGGCGAGAUAUGGUCCAAACCCGAGUUGAUUCUUCCGGAAAUCGUACACAUGGUUGCAUACAAGGGAAACACUCUUGGGAAUCCUCUAUUGUGCCCGAAAGAACGACUGUCCGAAAUCAACAGCAACACCAUACAACAAUACCGAGAUACUUUCUAUAGACCUGAAAGAAUGGUUGUAGCAUUUGCGGGGGUACAACAUGAAGAAGCAGUCAAACUCGCCGAACAACAUUUUGGAGAUAUGCCAAAAUCAGCUCCCAUUUUAUCACAAACAGGAUCGGAAACGUCUCUUGAUUCGUUAUCAGGUGAGACUAGCAGCGACAGCUCUAUAUCAUCAUCUUCCUCAUCAACACCACCUUCACCAACACAAAAGCCAUCCACCUUAAUAUCACGCAUGCCAUUUUUCAAGAACAUCUCCACUUCCGCACCCAAAAAUGCCUCGGUUCAGAAUGGUUUCCUAAACCCCCUUAAUCUUAACGAACCUUCACGCUAUACAGGUGGAUUCCUUGCCCUCCCAACUCUUCCACCGCCUGUGAACCCUGCCCUUCCCGCACUAAGCCAUAUCCAUAUCGCAUUCGAAGCUCUUCCCAUUUCUUCCCCCGAUAUCUACGCCCUCGCUACUCUUCAAACGCUUCUUGGCGGUGGCGGGUCCUUCUCUGCUGGCGGCCCUGGCAAGGGCAUGUAUUCUCGUCUUUAUACCAACGUUUUAAAUCAACACGGUUGGGUCGAAUCAUGCAUGGCUUUCAACCACUCUUACACCGACUCUGGGCUUUUUGGAAUCUCAUCCUCAUGUUCCCCAGGCUACGUUAAGAAUAUGCUUGAUGUCAUGUGCCGUGAACUUCAAAGUCUCACUCUCGAUUCUGGAUUCAGUGCAUUACAAACUGCAGAAGUUAAUCGUGCGAAGAAUCAGCUGAGAUCAAGUUUAUUGAUGAACUUGGAAUCAAGGAUGGUAGAACUAGAAGAUUUGGGAAGACAAGUACAAGUACACGGAAGAAAGGUUGGAGUCAGAGAAAUGUGCAAGAAAAUCGAAGAAUUGACCGUCAAAGAUCUUAGAAGAGUAGCUACACAAGUCUUUGGAGGUCUGGUGAAAAAUGCAGGAGAAGGAAGUGGUAGCCCAACCGUGGUCUUACAAGAAGGCGAAGAAGAAGGAAGAGUAUACAAAAAUUUCAGCUGGGAUGAUAUUCAAGAUCGGAUUCAUGGGUGGAAAUUGGGGAGUUGGUAA